GUAUUGCAAAGCCGCCUUGCCACGGUCACAUUUCAUUUGGUUAAAAGACUAUAACCGCCUGGUCACACCUUACGGUCCAGAAUUGUUGCCUUUUUAUUUUAUUCCCGCAUUUCUUCGCUUCGAAGCGAUCGCUUUUCGGCUUUCUUCGAGGUCACAGGUCAAGCCAGCGGACGCUGGAAGCCGGAACGUCCCCCGCCCCGCCCCAUUGGCCUUGGCGACCGCCGCUGUUGUUGUUUCUAUCGCCCUUUAAAACCAGCUGCUGCGUCUGUGUGUGCAAAGAAAGGGAGAGAAAGCAAACAAAGGACACAGGCACAGAGAGCGAGAUCGAGACAGAGAACGAGAUGGAUGUGGAGGAGAACUACGAGAACGCCGCCGAGAUGCAGAACAUGAAUAUGAAUCUGAAUCUGAAUCCGAAUCCCAAUUCGGACGGCCAGCAGCAGCAGCAGCAGCAACAACAAAUGCAAUGUGAACCGUUAUUCGGGCUCACAACCAAUACAACAACAACCACAAAUCCCAUGAUGGCCAUACCCCUGCCCGCGCCACCCGGAAUGCUGCCCCACUCCGCCCCGAACAUCAGUCCGAAUUCGAAUCUGAAUCCCAAUUCAAAUCUGAGUACCAGUCCAUCCGCACCAUCCACCAACGCAUCCGCAUCCACAAUCAAGUGUCUGCCGACGAAUGACUUCGAUAUCGAUUCCCUGCUGCUGCAACAGUUCAGCUGCAUGGGCACCACGGAUCACGAGGACCUCAUCAGCCAGUUCCAGAGCCUCAUGAACAACCAGAUGAACCGGGAAUCUGCCAGGUUUUACCUCGAGAUGAGUAACUGGAGCCUACAGAUGGCGGUCGGCUGCUAUCUGGACUUCUGCAGUUUACAGUCGCUGCCUUCAAUGAAGAUCGUCCAGGGAAAGCACCUGAAUGCUCAGCAGCAAGCCUUUCAGCUGCAGAACGAUGGCACCGAGCGCUGGCCGAACAACUGCUAUCUGACCUCGCCCAUCCAGACGCAGCGCAUCAAUGUGCCCGCCCUGCGUCCGGGCGAAACUUGUGAUAUCCUGGCCGAUCUGAUGCCCACGCAACCGCCGAUCAUGUGGCGGUUGUGCACUCCAAAUGGCUGGUACUUUGGCGAUGCCAUAUGGAUGAUUCCGCCGGGCACGCAGGCCAGCCAGGACGAACUGCAGCAGCGGAUGGUGCAGCUGAUCACGUCGGAGGCCAAGCCGGAUGUCUAUCCGCAAAUCAACAUCGUGAUAACCGCUCACACCCAAUGAACGCGGCGUCCAGCAUCUAGCAUCUAGCAUUCGGCAUCCUCCUCCGUUUUCGAGCGUGUUCUUGGUCCCAAAAACUCAUCGAUAGCAUUUCAUAAACCUGCGCGAAUGAUGUAACGUUUACGAUAUGACUAGACUUUUCCUUUCCCUCUUUUUUCAAUAGGCAUUUUCAACUCAGUAAGUUGAUUUGUAUACAGGAAAAACACUUUUAUACACAUGAGUAUGUAGUAGCCAACGCCAUUCACAUGUACAAUACAAUAUAUAAUUGAUAUAUAUACAUACAUACAUAAACUACACAGCCCCAUGUUUAACUAGAGUUUGAGUUCGAUUGAAGGACCCUCUGUUGCACCUCCCACUUUUCCCUAUUCUUAACUUUGGUGUCAGACGGAUCAGCUUUAUAUAUAUAAAUAUAUCGAGAACGGAGCGAAGGGUGCGCAGCAAUAUAUUGAAAGUGAGAAUCAGAAUCGUGUGGCCACAUUAUAUUCUGUUAGUUCUUAGGCGGUAAAAUUGUGUGUGCGUGCGAUUGUUUAAAGCAUAAUUGAACUUUUUUUUCUAUAAAUUAAAUUCCUAUUUUUUGAGUAAUCAAGAUGCAUGAAAGCUGAUAAAAAUGUAACAAAAUUAGACCUAAGUGUUUUAUUGAGCAAAAGCAAGAAUGAAGCGGAAGGAUUAAGAAA